UCUGAAUGGCGCAUUAGUAUCAUUCGGUUCUGCGUUGUCUCAAAUGAAAAUCACCCUACGAUUUCGACGAUGGAGGUGGCUUUAAAGCGCGUCGCGGAGGUGGUGCGCCGCACGCGUGGGUGCGUGGUGUCCAGCGCUGUGGAAGCUCGCUCAAUCCCUGGAAUGGGCGUGGGGAUCGUGGCUCGCGAGCAGAUUCCAAAGGAUACGCUGGUGUUCCAGGCUGGGCAGGAAGUUUGGUAUCCCUUCUCGGCCGAAUAUGCGCUGGAAACUGCGCAGCAGAAGGCGCCAGGCUUCCUGAAUCAAUUAAACCAGCUAAUGGCAUCCAGUAAAUCAUUGAGAGAGGGAUCGUCAUUUGUACCCAGUGCGCUAGUGCUUGGCGUGCACAUGCUGGCGAACUUCCCGCAUGCGGAGGAUCCGGAUGCACUUCUGAUGGCUAUGGCAAGCGUGGAUAAACCGCCGCUGGAUGAGCUGUAUGUGAACGCACUUCCACGUUAUGUAGACCUGCCGUUAUACUGGGAUGACAAGCAGUUUAAAGAGCUGCAGGGCUGUGAGGAGACACGUCGAGCAAUGCAGCACGGAGCGCGAUUUUAUUCUCAGGUGUACCAGCACCUUUUUGGCAAUAACAAUGAGUUCAUCAAUCCAGAGGCGUUCUUCUGGGCCAUCUCUAUCUUGAUGUCGCGCGCCACGUCCGGCCAGAAUCAACCAUUCGCUCUUAUCCCUUUCUUCGACUGGUUUAACCACGCUGACAACGGUGAUGAAUGCGUUCAAGAAUUUGACCCUCUAAAGGGCUUUACAGUACAUACCACAAAGUCGUACGAGCCGGGCGAGCAACUGUUCAUUAACUACGGAAACCAUGGUAACCUUCGACUAUUGCGGAAUUAUGGCUUCACCACACCGAACAACCCGUACGACGUCGUUACUCUUCCCAUUCCAGCAGCGCUGGAACAGCCCAAUCCAGCAGAUCCCGCUUUCCCUCAGAAGCGCGAGUUGCUGCAGUCCGCUACUGGCAGUCAAGCAGACAUGCCAGCUUUGAGAAGCUUAAGAUUUCAUCGUGACGGACAACUUGCUCCGAACGCAGAACAUUGGCUGGAAAUUAUGCUCGCGACACCAGACGAAUUGAACGAGAUCUUCACCAAGGCUGCGUCGCAGUCAAGUGGAGCGGAUCCGACCACUUCUCUUCCUCUCCCCCUGUCGUUAAAGCACAGAGUCAACUCUGAAGUCCGUAAGCUGGUGGCAACCCGAUUGAAGCAGCAUUCUUCGCCAUUAGAGGUAAGCGAAUAUUGAAGUUUUCAAGAUUCUGUACCGUCCUAACCACUAUCUACGAACAGGAGGACGAAGUGUUCUUACGUGCCAAUGACCAGCAAAUGGCCCCGUGGCUUCGAUCAUGCCUGCACAUUCGAAUGGGUGAAAAGCAAACGCUGAAAAACGCUGCGUCCAAAUACGCCUAGCCAAGGAGAAGAUAUACUUCAUUCUCAUAGAAUAAAUUGUGUUAAUCCUGCUUCGACUGC